AUACAAACACCACCUUUUCAUUUCUCCCAUCAAUAAAAGAAAAGAAAAGAACAAAAAACAAAGACACAUACCAAAAAAAAAACACCACAUAACAUAUUAACAUGACAAGGAUGCAAAGAAAUGCAACAACUACAACUAGUGUUGGGACCAUAGCAGGAUCAGGAUCAACUCAACCAGCAUGCGCAGCUUGCAAACAUCAAAGGAAAAAAUGCCAUGAAGGCUGCACAUUGGCGCCUUAUUUCCCGGCCGAAAGGAGCCGAGAAUUCCAAGCCGUGCACAAAGUUUUUGGUGUAAGUAAUGUGACAAAGAUGGUAAAAAACAUAGUCGAAGAUGAGGAUCGACGAAAAGCUGUGGAUUCUUUGGUAUGGGAAGCAUGUUGUAGGCAAAAGGACCCGGUUUUGGGGCCUUAUGCUGAGUAUAGAAAGGUCUAUGAUGAGCUUAAGAUAUACAAAAGCCAAGAAAUAAACCAAAGAACUACUGCCUCAGCUUACAAGUCCUUAUCUGGUUUGGUAGGUUGGAAUAGUACUAGUAGUGUUAGUACUAAUAAUGGAAACAAUAAUAUAAAUGGUCAAAAUGGUAUGGUUAGUGGUAUAGUUAAUAGUAGUAACUCUUUGAGUUAUAAUUUUCAUGAUAACGGAAAUGCUGUUGUGGAUCAAAGCCCAUUUAGUUGUUACUCCUCCUCAAAUUAUGGUCAAAGUACUCAUGAGAAAAUAAGGCAGCAGGAGAAGAAUAGUACUACUACUGUUGACUCUGUUGUUCCAAUAGUACUACAACAACACCAGCAACAAUAUUCCUUGGGUGGUUUUAAUCAACAGUACUAUCUCUCAGGGCAAUUCAAUCAAGUGAAUACCAAGACAAUUGAAAGCACAAUAUGGGAAGGUGGAUCUUGAGAAUAUAUUUUGUUUUAUAUUCUUCCUUUUUUGUUACUUUGUCUUCCUAUUGGGUUUUGUUUUUGUUUUUAUAUAUGACAUUAUGUUGAUGAAGGCAGGAACUAUAAAUGUUAAUGUUGUUCUUAUAUUCUCUCUCUUUUUUUUUUUUUGGUUAUAGACAAUGUAACAUUUGCAUAUUAUUAAAACAUUAAUCAAGAAAGUAACUGAGGGGUGUUUCUCA